AUGGAGACAACAUCCAUGUUGUUGCAAUGUCCGCCCGAAGUCCGUGAAAUCAUAUACAACUACGCUUUCGAAGACCACCCAAUCCAUGUCUGCGACGUCCGCCUGAAGCGCUCGAUAGGAGGGCCCAACCGGCCGGCAAACAGACGGUUACCAGGCUUGCUGCACGCCAACAAGCAGACGUACCAGGAAGCGUUGCCUGUUGUUGCCCGUCAAGCGACGCUCGUCUUCAGCGACUAUCUCAACUUUGCCCAGCUCGCCUCAGUGGUGCCCAAAAGCUUCGCAUCGUUGGUGCGAAACAUCUCGCUACAAGGCGAUGUUGUUCCCGGUCAUAGUCUAGGUCGCUUCCCGUCGCUAGAGCAUGUCAACUAUAAACAGCUCGGGAACUGCUUCUUCGUUCCGGCCAAAGAGAAGGGUUUCGCGAAGCGAGUUUCAGCAGCUUCCAAGCAAGAAGUCAUCGAUUCUGUCUUGGGCCGUUCCUCGUCACUGGUACUGAUACAAGACGCCUUGCGGAAACGACCAAACCAUGUCACCUUGAUAGCUCGCGCUACAAUCAUGAGUUACCAUGAGCAAACCAGUGUCACGUUUGACGUCAACCAACUUCGGAUUCUCAGUCAUGAAGUUCUCGUGCAUUACGAUUAUGAUGAUUAA